AUGGUAGAAAUAGUUUUAAAUGAACGAAUUGAUCAUGUGGACCUUGAAAAGUCAAGUGGCAGUGAAACGAAUGUAAAAGAGCAAAUCGCAGAUCACACCGCGGGAUUAACGUCAUCCGAUUUGAAUGAAGUUGAUGUAACAGAUUCUGACGAUAUUUGUGAACGUAGCAGGGCUGACGACGAUGUCGUACAGUUAAAGGAACAUGUUUACUGUACUGUAUACUGUAUUGCGAACGAUAACUACAGGAAACCGGCUGACAAUACCGGAGAACACCAAUAUAAUGGGGCGAUAACUCCGUCAACAUCAAACGUCAUUACAAAGUCAUCCACAGAUUUGCGGCAGCAGAGCAAUUUGGAAAUGGGCCACCACACCGUUUCCGAUCCAUAUACGCUACCGAACCUGAUUGAUCCUAGAACUCUGAGCAACUUUUACAACGGGGAUUACAAUGAAUCAGUUGUUUUGGCAUGUCGCAUCUGUCUGGACGACACACACUUAAAGCCGUUAUUUUGUUGCCAGAAGGCUGUCUGUGAGGAAUGCCUGAAAAUAUACAUCAUUUCACAGGUCAGGGUGGGCAGAACGGACAUAGUGUGCCCCAUCACGGAGUGCAGUGGUUACCUGGAGGAGAGCCUGGUGGUGUCCCACCUGGGCAGUGAGGAAGUGGCCAAAUACAAAUACUUCCUGGAGCUGAGCCAGAUUGAUUCUAGCACCAAACCCUGUCCCCAGUGCAGCCAGUUCACCUCGCUGAAAGGACACACCCCCAGCAGGGCAGAGCACAAAUACAAGAUCCAGUGCACAAAGUGCCAGUUUGUGUGGUGCUUCAAAUGCCAUGCCCCCUGGCACGAGGACCUGAAGUGCCGGGACUACAGGAAAGGGGACAAGCUGCUGCGUCAUUGGGCCAGCAUCAUCGAGCAUGGCCAGAGGAACGCCCAGAAGUGCCCCCACUGCAAGAUCCACAUUCAGAGGACGGAGGGCUGCGAUCACAUGAACUGCACCCAGUGCAGCACCAACUUCUGCUAUCGCUGUGGGGAGAAGUACCGCCACUUGCGAUUCUUCGGGGAUCACACAUCCAACCUCAGCGUGUUCGGCUGCAAGUACCGCUACCUUCCUGAGAAGCCCCACCUCCGCCGGCUGGUCCGGGGGUCCGUGUGUGUGAGUAAAGUGGUGGUGGCCCCUGUUGUCAUAGUCCUGGUGGUGGUUGUCGGAGCAGUAUCCAUGGUCAUAGGACUCGUGGCCUUUCCUAUCUUCUACAUCUGUAAGAAGAGACGGCAGCGCACCCAGUGUACUGGCCGUUGGCACUGA